AUGAACUACCAACGAGCUAUAAACGAAGUUCCCGCUGUAUUCCAAGUAUCGUCAGGCGAAAGAGGGUCCAACAUCCUGAACAGUUUCCUAGGCUGGGUCCGCAAUGAGACAUUUGGAAACAUGGCUGAAGUCUGUGCUUUGUGGGCUGCGAUCGUGGAUGCCAACGAGCACCUGGUGAAACUAGAUCAGACCCUCACGUCCCGCGAGAUUCCACAUGCAGAGUACAAGACCAAGGAUAUACUGGACUCGGAGUUGCAAGAGGCUAAGGAGUUGAUGCGUCUUAUGCCUGGUGGGCCGGAGAAUAAGGCGAUUAAUGCGGAUGAAGAUCUCCUCCAAGCAAUGGUGCGGUUGAAGUUUCUUCGCCAUUUCAAUCAGCAGAAGUAG